AUGGCAAGAACAGUGUGUGUGGUAUUUCCAACAGUAUUAGCGAUAUUCCUCAUAACUUUGGUAGUACUUGGAUUUAUGAACAUUGGCCCCCUGGCCGCCUACAUCGCAUUAGAUUUUGGUUCAAGUAGUGUGAAACCAAUCGAGGGCACAGUCAUCGACACUACACACUACAACAAAUACAAUAAAUCUCGACCACCAUGGACUACGGUAGAGACUACCCCAAACUACUAUUAUCCAUUUGGAAGAAGACGUAAGUACCAUAACUACUCACGAUCUGUACCUAUUCCUGACAACAAUAUAACGAGAUAUGGACGCAAUAAUACCUAUUUUGAAUCCAGUACAAGACCGUACUACAUCAACAACUUUGGUAUUGGUAAUAAAAGUAUCAUUAGCACAAUUCCAAUUGCAGUAAGCCGUAGACCAGGUCAUGAGAAAGUAUGGGUACCGUACUCCUACGGUAAUAACACCAUAGCUAAAAUACCAAGAAAAUACAAUUAUACGACAACCAAACCGCUGACGAAAUACUACUCUGAUGAUAAUAAUACAUCUACAUUCAUAACGCCGAGAAAAUACAACUACAGUGAUGAUUAUACCUCAGCGAAAACGCCGAGGAAAUACAACUACAGUGAUGUUUUUAACUCAGCGAAAACGCCGAGGGCAUACAACUACAGUGAUGUUUCUACCUCAGCGAAAACGCCGAGGGCAUACAACUACAGUGAUGUUUCUACCUCAGCGAAAACGCCGAGGGCAUACAACUACAGUGAUGUUUCUACCUCAGCGAAAACGCCAAGAAGACAGAACUACAGUAUUCUUUAUGUUCCAGACACACCAGCAGGAAGUUACAAUCACGGUGCUACAGCCAAUGGUAGCGAUUAUUCCAAAUAUGGAAGCAACGCUAGCGACGCAAAACCUAAAGCUGUAACUGUAACAUAUCAUAGCAGUGAAAGUAAGCCUACUCCAAGUAAUAAAAAUAGACCUACGUCAACAUUUUACGAAGAAAACAAAUAUUAUACAGGUGGUUCAAAGUCAGUCAAUUAUCCCAUGGAUUACGCCGUAGCUAAAAGUAAAUCAACUCCAAGUGGAGACAGAGCAGUACUCGCACCGUCAUACAAUGGUACUUACACCAAGCCAAUAGAUAAAACUGCUCCAUCUCCGCGAAAAUACGAAAAAGAUAUGGGUACAAGUGCAAAUACAAAAACACCCAUCGAAUACGCUUACGCCGUGCCAAUAGAAAUUUCUACUCCAGAUAGUGGAACCGUUGCUGUACCCAAUUUUCACAUAAAUAACAAGGGCACGGUUUCAAAUGUUUAUGUUGAUAAACCUAAAAAUACAUCAAGCUAUUAUGACCUCUGUGACAACUGUACAACCAUAGGACAUUACAAUGCAACGAAAGUUACACGUGUAAGAAUAUCGCCUAUAGGAUAUACCGUAAGUGGUGGUGUAAUUAAUAAUAUGAUGACUGAUAAUAAAACAUUGGAUAAUGGUACUGUACCAGUUAAACCAGACUACAAUGUAUGGAAUACACAUAAAAAAAGAAAUGAAAAUGCACCUAUGCAUGUAGCUAGUACACCAGUAGAAGCCAAACCAACUAAAAGUAAUGGUACAAGAAGUGUAAAAUAUGAUGAUGGAUGGAGCACCACGUAUGGAUUGGACGGUAAAACAGGCGACAGUACAAGUAAAUGGGCUACAAAUAAAAGAUAUGAAAAUACGACUGUACCAGGUACAUCUGCUGGUAGACCAGUAGAAGCCAAACCUACUAAUAGUAAUGGUACAACAAGUGUAAAAUAUGAUGAUGGAUGGAGCACCACGUAUGGAUUGGACGGUAAAACAGGCGACAGUACAAGUAAAUGGGCUACAAAUAAAAGAUAUGAAAAUACGACUGUACCAGGUACAUCUGCUGGUAGACCAGUAGAAGCCAAAUCUGAACCAACUAAAAGUAAUGGUACAAGAAGUGUAAGAUAUAAUAAUGGAUGGAAAACGUAUGGCUGGGAUUGA